CGGUGACAUUUUGUGAACUGAAUGUGGUUUCUUUGAAAUUCAAGCAGUGUGCAUAAAUAAUCGAUUUGAAUUUCUGUGAAACGUCACAUACGAUAAAUGGACUGCGUUUUUAGCCAUUUAUUACGUCUCAUUUGAGGUAGAUGCAAUGUGUGUAAAUUAGGCCAACAGGCGAAGUUCCACACUGCAUACCUUCUGCUGGCACUUCGCAAUAUAGUUUCGCAGUGAGUGUGCAGUGCACGUACUGUCGCUGUUAGUGCGUAGUUGACCGUGAAAGUGUGGAUAGUGAUGUGUUUGUGAUCGGUGGUGUUGCUGGGUGCAGUGGAUGCAGAGGCAGCGGUGUAGCGCUCGCCCUGGCAUGGUGCCGGGCAGGUAGCGCGCGCGGGCGGCCUGCGCAGGCCCCACACAAGCAGCUGCGUUGUUCCCCAGCGUCGUCUAUGGCCGAGCAACACAUCACACCGUCGUCGCACUCUGCACUCACGAGAGAGUCCAGCGGGUCUUCUCCUAGCAGGGUGGUGGGCGGCCGGUGGUUGCGUCAGGUGCGACAAGUUAGCCGCAGCCGUCGGAACCGUCACAACGUGACGUCGCCUCUGCCGCGCUCCACCAGCCGACAUUCGUCCAGCCGCAGCCGCGCUGACAACGAAGCACAGGCUCACGUCGAGCUGCGAAGAAGCUCGCGUCUAAUCAACUCACUGCCCAGAUCAGACUACUCCAUCACAGAGCGUUGGUCGUACGGAGCCGACGUCUACGAGACGCGCUGCGACACCGCCGACUACAAAAGUGGAGACACUGACAAGUCUACCGCCAAUCUAUACCCAAAACGUGGAAGAACUUCCUCGCAUGACAGGAAGAAACGCAAAAGCCAUUCCAUAUCAACCAAUAGCACUGACGAGUGCGUCGCAUAUUGCACACGCUCACGGACUGCUCUUAAAUCUACUGAGAGUGCUUGUGAGCAAACACCGACCAGUUUGAAGGUACAAACGUUAUCACAGAUAUCAGUAAACCAGGACGCCACAGCCACUUCGACGCAGCAGUCGCAACUAAAUUCGGAGGGUGGUUUACUUCCACUUGAAGACAGAGAUUUUGCGUAUUCGCCUUUUAGCUCGUCAACUGUUACAGAAUUAUUAGACUCCGAUUAUUCUGUUUAUAGUCCAACAGCUAGCAGGAGAAAAGGCAAAAAGAGGAAAAGGUCGUCACACCGAUCAUUGUCAAGUAGGAAGUGCUUGGAUAAUUUAGAGGACUGCAGAAAGAAAUUUAAAAUAGAUUCUCAUAGUAAAGAAUUAGAAGACCCAAGUAAAGACGCUCCUGUGGAUUCUAGAAUAAAACAAGAGACUGACAAAGUAGACCACGCGACUGCGUCACAAGCUUCGUGCGCAUACUUGCUGCGAAAUAGAUACAAUCGUGACCUUGGACCGUCUACCUCAACCGUUAUUCGUGAUAAUUCAGCAAGUCCUUCUACUAGCGACGCGGUACACAACCAAGCGGUAGCUGAGCGCAAGUUUAACGCAGACAGUCACGUUAGGACUGCCACGCCACCGCCUUUCAAAGAUAUACAAGAAGCAAGUUCAUCCAAAGCGCACAGUUCUGCCAGCAAGCUUUUAAUCGUUCCACGAGACCUUCCAUAUUUACGUCAGACUAACGCACGGAGGAGUAUCGCUGCUGCGACGGGCGCGACCCUGGGGGCUUGCUUGACGAGGGGAGCUAGCACUUCGCAGCGACAGAGGCAGGAUUCUGCUUCAAAAAGACAAGUAUCAGGCAGCGAGGGCGCAGGCAGCAGCGCGGCGGGCGGGCGGCGAGCGCGAGCUCGCGACAUGCCGCAGCCGCAGCCAGCGUCCACGCGACGAGACAAACGAGGCAAAAGCAGCCUGGGUUCGUGUGCCAGUACUGGUGGUGCGUCCAGCCGGUCCCACCCCCAGCCUUUAACCACGGGUGCCGUAGCAUCCACGUCUUCCACACCGCCGGCGUCGGCCUCAGCCGCAUCCAUGCCUGACAACGCGUCCGCUGAUGCGAAGCUCAAGGCUGCAUCUUCAGCAGAAGAAUGCGCCGGCGGCGGUGCGGGCAGCGUCGGCGCGAGUGGCGCCGGCGCCGGUGCGGGCUCGGGCUCCGGCGGGGGCAGCGCCGCGCCCGCCGAGGAGUCCUCCUCUGAGGAGGGCGAGGUGGGGAGGCUCCAGGCCCUCUUAGAGGCCCGCGGGCUCCCGCCGCACUUACUCGGCGCGUUAGGCCCGCGUAUGCAGCAUCUGCUGCACAGAACAGUCACCGCUAACUCAGCGGCGUCCAAAGCGGCCCAGCUGUUAGCCGGCCUGCAAGCCACCGGCGACGAGGGCCAGCAACUGCAGGCUGUGAUCGAGAUGUGCCAGCUGCUGGUGAUGGGCAACGAGGACACGCUGGCCGGCUUCCCCGUGCGCCAGGUCGUGCCCGCGCUCGUCAACCUGCUGGCCGCUGAGCAUAACUUCGAUAUGAUGAACCACGCCUGCCGCGCGCUCACCUACAUGCUCGAGGCAUUGCCUCGCAGUAGCGGCGCCGUGGCGCUGGCGGUUCCGGCCUUCCUGGACAAGCUGCAGGCCAUCACGUGCAUGGACGUGGCUGAGCAGAGCCUCACGGCCCUGGACAUGCUGUCCCGCAGGCACUCCAAGGCCAUCCUACAAGCGCGCGGUGUGUCAGCCUGCCUGACUUACCUGGACUUCUUCUCGAUCAACGCGCAGCGCGCUGCGCUCUCCAUCACAGCAAACUGCUGCCAGAAUCUCACUCCAGACGAGUUCCAUCUGGUUAGGGACUCGCUGCAACUGCUAGCCAACAGAUUAACCCAACAAGAUAAGAAAUCAGUAGAAUGCGUCUGCCUCGCAUUCUCGCGACUCGUAGACAGCUUCCAACAUGACCCGGCUCGCCUCCAAGAGAUCGCGACCCCAGAGCUGCUCACUAAUCUUCAGCAACUGCUGGUCGUGCAGCCGCCGCUGAUAUCGGGUGCUACCUUCAUCACUGUACUGCGGCUGCUGUGGGUGAUGUGUGCCGCGUGCCCGCAGCUGGCGCUCGCGCUACACCAGCGCUCCAUCGCCGACACACUGCUGUGUCUGCUCACCGGCACCGGCUCCUCCAUGCACCAGGAGCAAGUGGAGCUGCUGCCGCGCCUGCCGCAGGAGCUGUACGAGAUCACGUGCCUGAUCGGCGAGCUGAUGCCGCGGCUGCCGACGGACGGCAUCUUCGCCGUGGACGCGCACCUCGACCGGCCCUGGGCCGCGCCCGCCGACCGCUCGGCGCACUGGCAGUGGCGGGACGAUAGAGGCGUGUGGCGUUCUUACUCGUGGGCAGAGAGCCGCGCGCUGGAGGCGGGCGCGGCGGCGGGCGAGGAGGAGGUGUGCCUCACCACGCUCGGCCGCUCCUACACCGUCGACCUCACCGCCAUGCAGCAGCUCAACGACCACACCGGCACCGCGCGGCCCGUGCAGCGCGCGCCGCCGCCCGCCCGCGCCGACCAGCCGGCGCCGCACGCGCCCGCUCACGGUACGUACGCGCCCGUUCAUGGAACGUGUACCACGCCGGGCCGCUCCUACACCGUGACGUCACCGCCAUGCAGCAGCUCAACGACCACACCGGCACCGCGCGGCCCGUGCAGCGCGCGCCGCCGCCCGCCCGCGCCGACCAGCCGGCGCCGCACGCGCCCGCUCACGUACGUACUGCUAGCCUAUGGAACGUGUACCACGCCGGGCCGCUCCUACACCGUCGACCUCACCGCCAUGCAGCAGCUCAACGACCACACCGGCACCGCGCGGCCCGUGCAGCGCGCGCCGCCGCCCGCCCGCGCCGACCAGCCGGCGCCGCACGCGCCCGCUCACGUACGUAUGCGCCCGCUCACGGUACGUACUGCCAGCCUAUGGAACGUGUACCACGCCGGGCCGCUCCUACACCGUGACCUCACCGCCAUGCAGCAGCUCAACGACCACACCGGCACCGCGCGGCCCGUGCAGCGCGCGCCGCCGCCCGCCCGCGCCGACCAGCCGGCGCCGCACGCGCCCGCUCACGGAACGUGUACUGCGCGGCCCGUGCAGCGCGCGCCGCCGCCCGCCCGCGCCGACCAGCCGGCGCCGCACGCGCCCGCUCACGAUCCCCGCAUCGCCAUGGUCCGCAGCAACCCGCUCCUCGCCCGGGCCCUCCUAGCCGUUCUCCACGAGGUGUACUGGAGUUCCGCUGGGCCCGCGGUGCGCUCUCAAGCGCUGAAAGCGAUCCUGCGCUGCGUGUACUACGCCGACGCGCCGCUGCUGCGGCAAGUGCUCAAGAUGCAGGUGAUAUCGUCGCACAUCGCGGGCAUGAUGGCGUCCAGCGACCUGCGCAUAGUGGUGGGGUCUCUGCAGCUGGCUGAGAUACUGAUGCAGCGUCUGCCGGAAGAAAUGGCGGUGCAAUUCCGCCGCGAGGGCGUGCUGCACCAAGUAGCCCAGCUCGCUGCACACUCGCACACGCCGAGGCAGACUGAGCACAAGUCCACAAGCAACACGAGCGUCCGAUCCAGCGGCGGUUCCUCCCCGCCGGCCUCGACCUCCGCUACGUCCCUCGAUCACAACUUGUCUCUGGCGUUCUCCGCUUCGAGCUCAUUCGUCGCGGCUACUUUGCCACCCAGCAUUGAUUCUCCAGAACCAGGACCGGCUUCGGCCUCUUCACAUCAACAAGCCUCGACCACAGUGCACAGGUCCGGCAGUCCCUUGCAACUAGCCGAGAUGUUGAAACGCAAGCGCGCCGUGAAGCGAUCCGGCGGCGCCGGCGCACGCCACGCCCGCCGCCGUGAUGACGCAGCGCACGCUGCGCACCCGGCCCACGCGGCCCAUGCUGCGCCCGCGCCGCACGCUCACCAGCCCGCUACGCACGCUUCCAACGUCCCCGGUGCGGCCCGCUCCGGCAGCCGCGCGGGCACGGCGUCCAAGACGUCGUCUUUCCUGUCGUCGCUGAACCCGUCGCGCUGGGGCCGCGCGCCGCAUGCUCAUAAGGACUCGCUGCUGGCCUCCCCGCACUCCUCCGCCACGCUCAGCGUGCAGAACAAGGAGAAGGUCCGCGAAUGGAUCCAGUGGACGGCGGCGCGGCUGCAGCGCGAGUGGGGCGCGCUGGGCGGCGGCGCGGGCGCGCUGGAGCAGCUGGCCGCGCUGGCCGCCGCGCUGCCGCACCCGCCGCACCACCGCGCCGCGCUCGAGCAGCUGCGCGACACGCUCACCUUGCACGACGUCUCGCCCUUCGAGGUGAACCACUCGGGCGUACUAGGCGCCCUGCUGCAGUUCCUGACGGGCGGCGAGGAGCCCGAGGCGGGGGCGGAGCGCGAGGAGCCCGACGCGCGCGACCCCGACGACCUGGUGGCGGCCGUCGAGGCGCGCCUGCGUUUGUUCCUGCACGUCUUCGCGGAUAUGCCGCUCGUGCCGGACACCGAAUGGGAGGAGAACGAAGGCUUCCUAGCCAACAUGGGCGGCGGCGCGAUGGGCGCGCUCGUGGCCAAAGUCAACGCGUGCGUGUCGCACCUGGAGCAGUUCCCCGUGCGCGUGCACGACCUGCCCGCGCGUCCCGCCACCUCCGCGCUCAAGUUCUUCAACACGCACCAGCUCAUGUGUGAUCUCAAACGUCAUCCCACUUGCACCAACCUGAAACAAUGGAAGGGCGGUGUAGUUCGGAUAGACCCCUUAGCUUUAGUCCAAGCCAUUGAAAGAUAUCUAGCACAACGCGGCUACGCGAGCACGCGGCAGCGCGACGGGUCGGCUUCGGGCGCGCACUCGGACGACGACGCCGCCUCCGACGACGACGUCGACGACUCGCUCGCCACGCCGCCGCACCACCACCCCACAGACUCUGAACACAAACUGGAGUUCCUAAUCGGCGACACGGUGCUGCCAUACAAUAUGACAGUGUACCAGGCCGUGCGGCAGUUCGGCGAACAGAACGAUGCUGACACUGACACAGAGACGCCACUGGCAAACGCGGGCAUCUGGAUCCAGACGCACACGAUCUACUACCGCGCGGUGGAGGCGGGCGAGCCGCCGCGCUCCGACGCCGCCGCCAGCCGCAAGGGCAAAGGACAGCCUACGAAGCUGUCAUCCCGCCGGAAACCUGACAUGCUGUGGAAUGAGGGUGUGGUCCCUUCACGCGACUCGCCGCUAGUGGUGAUCCUGCGCUCGCCGGUCGUCAGCGGCGGCGGCGGCGAGCUUCGCGAUGCUUCGCUGCCAGCGCUGGGCGUGCUGCGCGCACUGCACGCGCUGUCGCGGCACUGGCACACGCUGUACCGCGCCGUGUGCCUGCCAGACCCGAGGCCUCUUGUGCCCAACGCGGAGUUCAUCAAUGCCAAGCUCGCUGCCAAAGCUAACCGUCAACUCCAAGAUCCACUUGUGAUCAUGACUGGAAAUCUUCCUCCAUGGCUGAAGAAAAUCGCAUAUGCUUGCCCGUUCGUGUUCCCAUUCGAGUGCCGUCACCUGCUGUUCUACGUGGUGUCCUUCGACCGCGACCGCGCGCUCCAACGGCUGCUGGAAGCGGGCGGCGAGCGCGGCGCGGCGGGCGGCGCGGACGCCGAGCGAGUAGCGCCGCGCCUCGACCGUCGCAAGCGCACCGUGCAGCGACACAACGUGCUUCGACAGGCUGAACACGUUAUGCAUGAGUUCGCGCACUCCAAGGCUCUACUGGAGAUCCAAUAUGAGAACGAGGUCGGCACCGGCCUCGGCCCGACCCUCGAGUUCUACGCGUUGGUGUCGCAAGAGAUGCAGCGCGCUGACCUGGACGUGUGGCACGGCAGCGAGAACUUCAAGCAGAAGGCCACGUCGUUCGGCGGCGAAAUCGUCAAGAGCCAGCCGCCGGUGGUCAGCGACCGCGCCGCCGACGCCGCCGCGCGCCUCGCCUCCUCCGUGCGGGACGCGCUCAGCCUGGACGAGGAGCGCGCGCCCGAGCCCUCCGACCUGGAAAAAGAGACAUCGAUCCCGUCUCCCGCUCCAGACGCGACGUACGUGUCGUGGCCGUGCGGUUUGUUCCCGCAGGCGGUGGGACGCAACGUGCGCGCCUCGCACCUGUCGCGCGUCAAGGCCAAGUUCCGCUUCCUCGGCAAGUUCAUGGCCAAGGCUGUCAUGGACUCACGGAUGGUGGACAUCCCUCUGUCGGUGUCGAUGUACCGCUGGGUGGUGAACGAGCAGCGCUGGCUGUCGCUGAGCGACGUGCGGCACGUGGCGCCCGAGCUGUGGCGCUCGCUGUGCCGCCUGCGCCGCGUGGCCGAGCGCGCGCGCGCCAUCGCCGCCGACGCGCGCCACUCGCCCGACCAGCGCACGCAGAUGAUAAGCGCCCUAGAGCUGGACGGCUGCCCGAUCGAGGAGCUGGGGCUGGACUUCAUCCUGCCGGGCGACGGCUGCACCGAGCUGCGGCGCGGCGGCCGCGAGCUGCCCGUCACGGCGCACAACCUGCACAACUACAUCGACCUUGUCACGCACUGGAUGCUCUACGAAGGAGUAAGCAAGCAAAUGGAAGCGUUCAAAGAAGGAUUCGAAUCAGUAUUCCCACUGGCUAACCUGAAAAUAUUCUACCCUGAAGAAUUGGAACAAGUAUUCUGCGGCAGCCCGUCUGGCGGGCGCGAGACUCGCUGGGAGCCGCGUAUGCUGGCGGAGUGCAUCCGGCCCGACCACGGCUACACGGCGGAGUCGCGCGCCGUGCGCAUGCUCAUCGACAUCCUCGCGUCCUACUCGCGCGACGAGCAGCGCCUCUUCCUGCAGUUCGUCACCGGCAGCCCGCGCUUGCCCACCGGAGGCUUCAAGGCGCUGAACCCGCCGCUGACGGUGGUGCGCAAGUCGCUGGAGUCGUCGCUGGACCCGGACGAGUACCUGCCGUCCGUCAUGACGUGCGUCAACUACCUGAAGCUGCCCGACUACAGCAGCGCCGACGUCAUGCGCGCCAAGCUGCGCCUGGCCGCCUCCGAGGGCCAGCACUCCUUCCACCUGUCGUGAGCGCCCGGCCCGGCCCGCUGUCUAUGUGCAAUCAGAGUGUUUAUUUCCCUAAUGUGACGGACACUGAAAGUGCUGUGCGUUCUAUAAUUUUGUUUUUCUUUUGGAUUCUUUUUAGAUUACAGAUAUGUUAAUAAUUAUAUUUUGUGUUAAUUUAAUGUGAUAGCUUUUGUAUAUUACUUUAUCGAUGUAGAGGGAACGCCGUUCUCGUUGGAUUAAAAUAGUAUAUGUGAUCGAGCGACGCGCCCGCCUCGUCCGACGCCCGCGACGCGGCGCCCCGUCGCCGACGUACCGCUACCACUGUUUAUAGUUUUAGGUAACAUAUAUUAUACGAUUACGCAAGCUGUUUGAUGGACCACAGAAAAUCUUCUAGAGUCCUAUGAACUUCAAUAGCAUUUAUUACCAAACGGUGUAUGUUUUGAUUAACUUUAAGUAUGAUUAAUGAGUAAAGAAAAAGUGCAAAAUUUAAUAUGUAACAAUUUCAAUAAAACCAUGUAAACAAUAUUGAUCAA